AUGUUGAACGAAUCAUACUUUUUUUUAAAUCGUUGGAUUCGUGAUCCAAAUGGCAUGUAUCAUCCGUAUGUAUUUAAUUUUGAAAUGAAAAUGUUUGAUCAUAAUUACAGUCAAUUAACACAAAAAUACAUGGAAAAAUAUUGGUGGUCAAGUUUAAUUUAUGCAUUUGUGUAUGUUCUACUUGUUUUCUACGGACGAAAACUUAUGUCAUCACAUGUGACGGGCUACAAUUUACGUUUUUACUUAAUAAUAUGGAAUUGCACAUUAGCAGCGUUUAGUAUUUGGGGUACAGUAAGAUCUUUACCAGAAAUGAUAUAUUCACUAUCACAACAUGGUCUUCACUAUUCAAUAUGUGAUAAAUCUUACAAAUAUGGUGUGACAGGCUACUGGGCAUGGUUAUUUAUGUUAUCAAAAACACCCGAAAUGAUUGAUACAUUGUUCAUUGUACUGCGAAAACAAAAACUGAUGUUUUUACAUUGGUUUCAUCAUGCUAGUGUGUUAAUUUAUUGCUUCUACAGUUAUGGUUAUUUCCAGUCAAGCGGCCGAUGGUUUGUGUGUAUGAAUUUUAUCGUUCAUUCUCUAAUGUAUUCGUAUUAUGCUUUACGUGCACUUCAAAUACGUGUCCCAUUAUUAAUACAACAAACAAUAACUCUAUUACAAUUAAUACAAAUGGCGUUAGGAUGUUUUGUUAAUAUAAAAGCCUAUGAAUACAAAUCAAAUCGAUUAAAAUGUUCUGUUAGCUAUGAAAACAUAUUUUGGUCAAUAUCACUCUAUUCAGCUUAUUUAAUAUUAUUCAUACACUUUUUCUACGUUUCAUAUUUGACAAACAAUAGAAAACCAAAAGAAGAUAAUGAACAACAGCAAAAGAAAAUCAAAUAG